GGUAUAACUGCCGUACAUAUUUCUUUCAGUUAAUAUGUUCUAUAAUUUCCACACAUAUUAUUUCUGUCGUUUUAACAUGUUUUUGUUAUGUUUGUUUAAAUUAAUUCAUGCAUAUUGAGUGCUUAUGUGAAGUAGGAACUAAAGUACAUAUGCGUUACACACGGACAUUUUUGAAAGGUGCAACAGGAAACAACGGACUUUUGGUGAGAAGUUAAUAUCUCUGCAUGUGGAUUUAAAGUUAUAAAGAAGUUGCAAAGAAGAAAAGAUGUUUUUCAUGUUUGUAUUUUGAUCGGGGGAUUUCAUUCCCUCUUGGUUAUAUGCAGCCAGCGAGACAAGAAGCUGCUGCUGAGUAUGCACAUGCACAGGCUGUAUUGAAAAUUAUGUGUGAGCAAGAAGGCCACCAUGUAGAACUCCAAAGACUUGAAGCUGAGGAUAAGUUGAUAGUUGCAGACCAAGAAGCAGCUGCAUCUACUCGCCGUCUUCAAAGAGAAAAGGAAGAAAUUGAACGCAAGAUAGAAAGAGAGAGACGAGAGGCUGCUCUGUUAAAGAAACAGCAUGAAGAGAACGCUGCAAGAAAAAGUGUUACUGGUUUACCUCUCAGACUGGAGACAAUGAGUGAUUUGGAGGAAAAGGGGGACAGAUCAGAGUCUCCAGGAUCCAGCUCUCUGGCCAUGAAAGGAAAACCUCCAGACCUCAGUAAAGAACCUGGACCCUCAGACACAAAAGAGAGGAAGAGGAGUCCUGUUUCUGUGGAGGAGCAGCCGUCCUGCUGUGCUUUGUGUCAGGACGUCCUGAAGGAUCCGGUCUCCACCAGCUGUGGACACUGGUUCUGCAGACGGUGCAUCACCUCAUACUGGGACCAGUCUGCUUCAUCAGGAGACUCCUCCUGUCCCCAGUGUGAAGCAGAUAGUGGUCUGCAGGAGGUUUUAGAUGAACAUAAGAUCAGUCUGAGGAGGAGAUGUGAACGUGUGACUGAAGGAAGUGAUGAAACAGGAAGUGGAACCCUCCUCAACAGGAUCUACACUGAGCUCUACAUCACAGAGGGACAGAGUGAAGAGGUUAAUACCCAACAUGAGGUGAGGCAGCUUGAGACAGCUUCCAAGAUGGAGACCCUCCAUGACACUCCAAUCAAGUGCCACGACAUCUUUAAAGCCUUACCUGGCCAACAGGGACACAUCAGAGUCGUUCUGGCGAGCGGCGUCGCUGGCGUUGGAAAAACCUUCUCGGUGCAGAAGUUCACUCUGGACUGGGCAGAGGGCUUGGAAAACCAAGGCGUCAGUCUGCUGAUUCUGCUUUCGUUCAGGGAGCUGAACCUGAUCAGAGAUGCGUGGUACAGUCUUCUCGAGCUGCUCCAUGUUUUCCAUCCAACAUUACAGAAGGUCACAGCAGAGAAGCUCGCUGUCUGGAAACUUCUGUUCAUCUUUUGACGGCCUGGAUGAAAGCAGACUUUCACUGGAUUUCCACA